AUGCAUGAAGCUGUCCACAUUGAAAUAUGCAUACGUAAUGCAUCAACAUCAUCCCGAACUGUUCGUGCCAAUGCGAACUUGGUGAACGAGCGAAUAAAUAUCAAGUGUUUCAAGAGGACGUCUGCUCCGUGUGUGUCCAAGGCAUAUUCGCUGGCCGAGCGCUAUCAAAUUUCAGAAAACAUAAAAACAUGCAAAAGCUUCAAACUUGUCGUCCUCAGUAUCAUGGGUUUCAAUAUGGUUUGUAUCGGUGCAGUUGCGAUCGACAACUUCGAAGUAACCAUCCUUGUAAAGAACGUUGCCAAUACUGCCUUGAAUUAUUCAGCAUUAAUGUUUGGUUUCACAGUGCCGUUGGUUUCACUCUACUGCAACAGCUUAUGGCAAAGCGAGCUGAAACAUAUUUUUAAGAAGAUUCUCCCUAAACGAGAGGAUAACGAUCGGACCGUAAGGAUAAUGUCUACUUUUGGCAAGGAUAUGGUUGUCAGCAAUGCGGAAUGCUCCCAACGGUACUUCGAAAUGUUACAGAAGGAAUGGUAG